AGGCUCUAGCAAUUUACUUUUCUAUUCGCUAUGUAAUGCUUUGCAAAAAGCGAUCUCCUUCAAAGCCGUGUUCUCGUUCAUCGGAGUGAACAAUGUGCAUUGAAAUGUAACAAUCCAAAACAAUGAUCAUUGUACAAUACAACGGCGUACUUAAAUCAUGAUGAAGACCGCAUAUUUAGCUGCUUUCUUCUGCCUACCAUCAUCUAACCUGCAGUCCGCGACUUCAGGCAAUCAGACACCACUCGGCAUCGCAGUAAGUACCUACCUACCUUCCUUGGCAUACCCAUUCAGCCAGCCACAAUGUCUGUAGCCAAGCAGAUCAGCGACCUUCACACUAAGGCCCCACGGAUAACGGACUCGGCAGUCCAGCAGCACUCUCUCACUAGGUGCACUAAGGCGCUGAAGUUGUGUGACGAAGCAAUGAAGCUCGCUGUGGAUGCGGAGCUCGAUGAAGCAGCCAUCGAGAUGUGCGCCGAAAUGCAAGAAGAAGCUUACUCGUGGGUCGAGCGUUUUAUGUAUGACAACAGGUCAAGUAAAACUUUAGACAAGCGACGGGGUCGAGUAUUUGAUGUCGAUAAGGGGGAACAUGUCGUCGAGGCUAUUAAUGCAGUCCACGUGGGUCGGUUGUUGGACGUUGAUGACGCGAUAGAAAGACCAGAGGGAAGUCGUAAGGUUAGCUUCGCGGAUGAAGUUCGCAAUGAAUCUACCCGUGGAUAUAGGUCGUAGUCUUAGGUUCUUAGUACUUACUUGGGUACCUAGGCAGUGGAUGUCUCUGCAAGCCUGGUGCUUGUUAGUUGGCGGUUUCUACCUGUACACACCCUUCACAAGGUAGUAGGCGGAUUUGACUAUUCUGGAGUUUCGUGGGAUCUGGGUAACUGGAGUACAUAGCUUAUUGCUGUUACUACAUAGAGGUGCUCAAUAGAUUCAUGCGAUGACUGGAC